AUGAGUCAGAAUGGUACGACACCUACUACAGAUGAAAAUCGUACAUCGAUAACUAUUCCUACUCCUUUAUUUAUUCCAAUGAUGCCUAUGUUUAUUCCUUAUGGUAAUGCUAAUGCUGCAACUGGACAACAAUUUUUUGGUCCAGCUGUUUAUCCUAAUGUUGCACCAUAUCCAUCAACUAGUAAUCAUCGUCAUGGAAAUUUUGGACUUGGUUAUAAUCCAUUUUAUAAUCCAUUUUAUCCUCCUUCGAAUAAUAUUUUAUCUUCAACAGCACAUGUUACUAAUUCAACAGCAUUAAUUCCAUCACGUCCAUUAAUGCCGACAUCAAUGUUAUCAUCACAACAACUACAGCAUUCAUCAAUAGGCUCUCCAACAAUUGGAAAUGAUGUUGAACGUAAUAAAAAUUUAAAUAUACGUGAAUGUCAAUCACCAAUUAUGGAUCAAAUAAAACAAAUUAAAAAUCCAUUAGUAAUUGUUGAUACAAAUCAUAAUAAUAAUAAUAAUAAUAAUACAGAUUUAAGAAUACGUAAAGAUUCAUCAUCAGCAUCAUCAUUUAUAUCUCGUUCGGAAUCGGAUCAAAUUCCUUUUCCUUCAUCAUCUUCUGUUCAAGAUAUUGAUAAUGAUAAUUCACAAGAUGAUUUUUUAACAUUUAUUGAACAAAAAACUAAAACAAAAACAAAAAUGCCUGAAUUAAAUCCAUUUGCUAAUGAAUUUUGUUUUGUUGAUAAUAAAACUAUUACUAAAGAUUCAUCAAUAAUAACAAAUGGUAUUGAUCAUCAUAAUACGAAUAAUGAAAAUCAAUCAUCAUAUAGAUUAUUAUUUGAUAAUUUAAUUGAAAAAAGUCUUGAAUCUAUUGAAGCUAUUAAAAAAUCAAGAAAAAAAACUCCUGUAAAUGAUGUAUCUGUUCAAUGUAAUUCAAUAAAUGAUUCUAUUAAUCGUUCAACACAAACAAUAGAUCAUACAAAUAAUUUUGAUCUUAUUGAAGAAUAUAGUUUACGUACAAUUAAAUUAAUGGAUAAGUUACUUGAAAAUUUUCGAAAUGUAUAUCAAAAUGAAGUUCAUAAUGAAUGUAAAACAAUGGCUCAUACAUGUGAUGAAUUACGGCAUUUAAUUUUAUUUAUUCAUCAUACAUUAUCAUCACAUAAUGAUCAACGAAAAACUUCAUCAAUUGAUUUAGAUAAUCCAUUUAGUAAUAUGAUACAAGAUCUUGAAAACGAUAUGAAAAAUAGUAAUAAAUAUCAAAUAUCAUCAUCACAAAUUGCACAUAGUGCUGGACGAGGUACAACACGUCGUUUAAUGACAACAUCAUCUAGUAAUUCACCAAUGCCAUCAUUUUCUUGUCGUCAAAUUGAUCAAACAACAAUAGCUAAAACAAAAUCAUGUUUACUUUGUCAUAGACCUCUAGAUGAUAAUGAUGAUGUUAUGCAUAUACUAUGUCGAUCAUUAGUAUCUCGUCCAAAUAUGCUCACUGAUACAUAG